CCACGCACCCAUAUACCCCACUCGCUUUCGCAUGCCGCUCCUUUCCCUCUCGCCCAUAUAAAUAUUUCAGCCUUCUCCACUGCUUUUUUUUUUCCCUUUCCCUCCCUCUCUUUUGCUACUUCACUUGCAUCCACUUUCAUACGUCCGCCUGAUUCCUCUUGCUCGGUCUGCAUCUCUACACGCACCUUCUUUUCUUUCUUCAUCUAUAACUCUCAUUCACAAUGUCUGGCGGCAAAUCUGGUGGCAAGUCUGCUUCGGCUCCUAAGAACUCGACCUCGCGCUCGUCCAAGGCCGGUCUUCAGUUCCCCGUCGGUCGUAUCCACCGUCACCUCCGCAAGGGUAACUAUGCCCAGCGUGUCGGUGCUGGUGCCCCCGUCUACCUUGCUGCCGUCCUCGAGUACUUGGCCGCUGAAAUUCUCGAGUUGGCCGGCAACGCUGCCCGCGACAACAAGAAGUCCCGUAUCAUUCCCCGCCAUCUCCAGCUUGCCAUCCGCAACGACGAAGAGUUGAACAAGUUGCUCGGACACGUCACCAUCGCCCAAGGUGGUGUCCUCCCCAACAUUCACGACUCUCUCUUGCCCAAGAAGACCAAGAAGGGUGGCGCUCCCUCUCAGGAGAUGUAAACAACAGCAUCAAUUGGAUCCAGGACACAACAUCGCCUCUUUUUUUCAAUCUGUCCUCUUUGCUUUUUUGCUCUGCACAGCUCCUUGUAUUUCAUACAUUUCUUUACAAGCAUCUUGGAAUGCCAACUUCAGGAUUCUUAUCAAUGAGCUUUGACUUCCCUUUUCUCGUUUGAUGUAACAGAGUCAGGAUGUUUGUCGAUCAUCUCCAUCUCUUCACCCACCCUUGCGAUCACUAUUUGUACAUAAUCUAAUAAACUUCUGACCAUAGAACGAAAAUGCCUUUGUCAAGUUUUGUCUCGUUGCUAAAAUGAAAAAAAGCGUUAUGCUUGCAUGUCCAAAUACCGAUUAUGGUUAAUUAAAAGCGGU